AUGAAUGUGGACCUUGUAACUAAGUUUGAUAUUAUAAUAGAGUUCGCUAGUGCGCUUAAAAUUGCCAAGGAGACGAUGAAUCUUGUAAGCAAGUUACUUGACACCUGUGUCUCUGACGGCAUCAAGAUUGAGAUGGAAUAUUGCACGGACGCCAAGGGGGCCUAUGAUUUCAUCAAGAAGCGAUACGCAGUCACCCAUGAGCGUGCUCGUGACAGCCUAUCGAAUCAACUGAAUACCCAACAUUCCAAUGCCCUGGCCGCACGCAUGAAGCUCCUGGGCUUACUAGAUGAGCUACGUGAUCUCUUAAACGAUCCAGCACUCUUGGGGGGUCCUGAAUUACGUAACCCUUCUUUGAGUAUGUUGGCAUUGAUUCGUCUGAAGAUCUUUGAAAAUUUUCCGAGUGAGGGAACCACAAUCAAAGAUCUAGCACAGCGCGUAAAUUGCAAUGAGCAUAUUGUUCGCCUAUUGAUGUCUCAUGCGGCCACAUAUCAUGUCUUCUUCAAAGGAAAGUCUGGGUUUUUCAUCCACACAGCUGGCUCCCGUAUUCUAACGGAGAAUGAGGGUAUGCGUUCUUGGAUGCUGGUCGGACUUGGCGAGACCAUGCCUAGUGCCCUUAAAGGAUGGAGCAUACAGAAUGGCACUGAUCUCCCGGUCUUCCAAGCCCUCGCCAACAUGCCUGAACGUGCAAAGAUCUUUGCUACAGCUAUGAGUUGGCACGCUCAGCUACCUGGCUACUCCCCGCAGUAUUUAAUAGAUCACUUCCCGUUCGGAUCUGGAGAUAUCACGGUUGUCGAUGUAGGCGGUGGUAUCGGCCAUAUCGCCCGUGCACUCGCGGAUCACUGCCCCACAGUUCAGUGCAUUGUACAGGAUCGCCCCGAGGUUAUUUCUCAGGCAGAACAAGCUUUGCCGGUUAACCUCCAGGAUCGUAUCCGCUUCCAAACCCAUGACUUUUUCCAAACCCAACCGGUACAUGGCGCUGAUGUUUACUUAUUGCGCCAUGUACUGCAUGACUGGUCCAAUAAAUACGCACGGAAGAUCCUGCAGGCUUUGAUACCUGCUUUGAAGCCCGGGGCCAAGCUGGUAUCAAAUGAUCGCAUCAUUCCCGGCUAUGGAGAGGCACAUUACUUGAAAGAGCGUGAAGCACGGUACGAUCUUUAA